GUUCCGGCACCCACCCGCCCUCCCCCGCCUCUCCGUCCCCCAGCUCGCGGGAAGGGAGGUCGCGGCAGCGGCCCGGCGGCAGCGGCGACCGUGGCGACAGCAGCGACAGUGGCGGCGGCGGUGGCGGCAGCGGCUGCGGCGGCGGCGGAGGCUGCGGCGGCGACCGUGGCAGAGGCGGUGGCGGAGGCCUCCGUGGCGGAGGCGGAAGCAGAGGUAGAGGCUGAGGUGGAGGCCGAGGCCUCAAUAGAGGAGGCAGCAUCGGAGGCCACCCCGGGGGAGGCGGAGGCCGCCCGGGUGGCAACGGUGGUGGCGGUGGCGGAGGGCAGCGCGGCCGAAGCCGCCGCCGCAGCGGAGGCUGCGGGGCCCCCCUUGGGGGAGGCGGAGGCGGAUGCGGAUGCGGAUGCGGAUGCGGAUGCGGAUGCGGAUGCGAAGGUGGCGGCCGAGGUGGCGGCCGAGGUGGCGGCUGCGGCGGCCGCCGCGGAUGCAGAUGCGGAUGAGACCCUCGGGGACUGUGAGGGGAACCCAGAUUUUCAGAUGGCCUCCCUGUACGUGGGCGACCUGCACCCUGAGGUGACCGAGGCAAUGCUGUACGAGAAGUUCAGUCCAGCUGGGCCCAUCCUCUCCAUCCGCAUCUGCAGGGACAAGAUCACCCGCCGCUCAUUGGGCUACGCGUAUGUCAACUACCAGCAACCGGUGGACGCCAAGCGGGCCCUGGAGACCCUGAACUUUGAUGUCAUAAAGGGCAGGCCAGUGCGCAUCAUGUGGUCCCAGAGGGACCCGUCGCUCCGCAAGAGCGGGGUGGGCAACGUCUUCAUCAAGAACCUGGGCAAGACCAUCGACAACAAGGCGCUGUACAACAUCUUCUCGGCGUUCGGCAACAUCCUCUCCUGCAAAGUGGCCUGUGACGAAAAGGGGCCCAAGGGCUACGGGUUCGUGCACUUCCAAAAGCAGGAAUCUGCGGAGCGGGCCAUCGAUGUGAUGAAUGGCAUGUUCCUGAACUACCGCAAAAUUUUCGUCGGGAGAUUCAAAUCGCAUAAAGAACGAGAGGCCGAAAGGGGAGCCUGGGCCAGGCAGUCCACUAGUGCUGACGUCAAGGAUUUCGAGGAAGACACCGACGAGGAGGCCACCUUGCGAUGAAGACAUCCCAGGAGCUAGCCAGCCAGCAGAGCCAAACCUUGGCUCACACCCGGUGGUACAAUUUCAUGGUAGAAUCAUCAGAAAGGAGAAGGAUAUCAGAUGAGGGAAGAAACAAGAGAGUAAUUGCUCCCCUGGUCCUACUCCCCAGAGAGAACCACUUUUACCUUUUUGGUGUGCUGCUUUUCCAGGCUCUCUUCUCUCCCUCUCUCUCCUUUGCUCACCCCCACCCCGCCUUCCCUUUUAACACACCGUUAUAGAAUGGUUCGUGUAUGUGGUGUUUCUUAACCUGCUUUUUCAGCAACUGAAACCAAACAAAAAUCAACCCAUUGAACUUCUUUCCAUGUUAUCAACAGGCUUAUGAAACGUCAUCUUCAGUGCCUGCAGAGUGCUCCAGUGUAUCCGUGGACCUUAACAUUUCUGUAAUCAUUCCCGCAUUGUUGGACAUUCAGGUGGUGCCUAGUUCUUUCCCUGUGUUUAAGACCAACAUUGUGUGCUCUGUGCUUUGAUGAGUGAAUCCUUCCUUGUCAAGCCAAAUCUUUGCUAGCAUCCCGGUGGUCUCCUUAACUGCGGACUUGCAAGAUCCACAUAUAGACAUUUUAAAGACUUUUCCUGUGUGUUGCCAAAAGGCCCCCUUCAUAAGCAUUGUACCGAUUUGCACUCGUGCCGGCCAGCGCAGCUAGUAAAGAGUAUGCCCGUUUCCCCUG